AUGUCGGUCCCCGAGGAGACGCGGACCAAGUACGCCAGCGGGCCGAAGGCUGCGGUCAUCGACUGCGUGAGCAAGGGCGUGUACAAGGUGCUGGGCAAGGGCGAGCUGCCGAAGCAGCCUGUGGUCGUCAAGGCGAAGUUCUUCUCCAAGCUGGCGGAGAAGAAGAUCAAGGCGGUCGGCGGCGCGUGCUUGCUGGUCGCCUAA